AUGGCUUUGCCUUUCUUGGUCGGGAAUAAUUUUAACGAUCCAACGGUAGGAUUUGAAUUAUUCAGGUUUCUUGACACGGUUUGUGUAUGUUUUGGUUUAAUGUUCCUGAUAAUUUUUCAGAAAACCCGCUUCCAUCGCUCGCAAAGUUUGGGCUGGAACAACGGCUAUGCUUUGCCUGUUACCCCGAAGACAGCAAUCGGUGGAGAGCCUUUGCCGGUUAGCCAGCUGACGCGGGAAGAACUAGACGAACUCGCCAAUUUUAAACCCAGUUUAACAUACGGUCAAAAAGUUCAGGCUCCUCCUGAGGAUUUUAUCCCGGCACAUGUGGGUUUUGACAAGAAAGUGCUGCUGUUUUUGGGCUACUUCAAGCAGACGGUUCACGAAUCUGCCGACGAGUAUUACAGAGUUCGUCCGGUGAAGAUUUAUUAUUAUUUAGAAGACGAUUCGAUCGCUGUAAUUGAACCGAUGGUUGAAAACAGGUAGGCUUAUUAUUGUUUAUAAAUAUUGUGCUGGGAAUGUGUUUAGUGUUACAGGUGUUAGAAAAGGCUGAUUGGGGAAAGGAUUGAAGUUUGGAAAGCUUGUUUUUAAUUAUAGCAGGGGCAUGAGUAGUUUAAUGCCCAUAGCAAUACAUCAGCCAUUGCACUGCAUGCAUGCAUAUAUUUGAUUAAUUAAGGCCCAUUCAUACGAUACGACUAUAGUCUCCCGAAAAUGUAGCGUUGUAUAUUAUUUCCCCAAGGUUGGCGAGAAAAAUAAGUGGGAUGAAGAUUGCCAUCUCAAUGUGGCAAUGUCACAAGAAGAUAAAGCUCUUUGAUUGGCUGGCUGAAAUCUUGGCCAAUCGGAGAGCUUUAGUUUGUGAUGUCAGGAUGGCAGCUGUCAUCCUGCAUAGUUUAAAAAAUUGUAUAAAUCGUAUAAAAACGACUUUUUUUCACAGUGGAAUACCUCAAGGCAAGCUGAUCAAACGACAACAACUGCCAAAAGAUGACCUUGGCAAUACCUGGCACUGGAAAGAUCUCAAUCUGGCCAUCAAUGUCACAUUAUAUGGCAAAGUUAUUCGAAUUUGUAACUGUGAUGAAUGGACCAAGGUAUGUGGAAACCUGAACUAUUUAAUUAAUACAUGCCUGCCAUAGCAGAUUUCAUCCCCUUGGGGAGGCUCGGUUACAAUGCGAUUUGUCCCCCGGAGGUGUUACUAUGUGUAUGUGUGUGUGGGGGGGGGCAGGGACAAUACCGCACCUGUAACCUUAGUGGUUGUCUGUUGGUGAUAGACCCUUUCUCCUUAAAUAAAUUUCUUUCUGUAAAGUUCACCCCCUCCCCAAUAACCUCUCCCUCUGACUAUAAGCCCACCUCUCCAAUAAAACCCUCUGCCAAGCUCACCUCCUCCCCAAUAACCCCCUCUGACUAAGCCCCCUCUCCAAUAAAGCCUGCCACUCUAAUAAACCCCUUUCAAUCUGUCAAGCACAUCCCCUCUCCAAUAACCCCCCCCCCCUCCAAUAACCCCCUCUCCAAUAACCCCUCUAAGCCUGCCACUCUAAUAGACCCCUUUCAAUCUGUCAAGCACAUUCCCUCUCCAAUAACCACCCCUCUGACCAAGCCUAUGGCCUCCAAAGAGCACCCCCUCCGAUUAAGCCCAACUCUCCAAUAAACCCCUCUCUGACUUAAUCUGAAGUCAUUUCAACCUCACAGGAGUUCAUGGCAAGUGAAGGCAUCGAAUUGAACCGUCCAGAAGAGAUCGCGAGAGAUCCAUACACCGAAGGCAGGAAGCAGCCGCCUCGUAGCUACACCACGCCUUCAGAGUUCGAUAAACUUAGACAGUUUUUGGUGAUGGAUCGGAAAGUGUUGAGAUUUUAUUGUGUCUGGGAUGACAGAGACAACAUGUUUGGUGAAAUGCGACCAUAUGUAAGUUGAGGAGCAUAAGAUUUGCAUAUUUUGCCUGAGGCAUUGCCGAUUGGAACAACGAUUAGGGCCGCCAUACCAGAUAGCUUUCCGUAGCGGCGCGAAAAAACAGCUAUCCGAUACGGAAUGUACAACUUUCAGAGACCGAGCAAAACAACAUUUCUCCGUUGCAAUAAUUCAUCUGAAAAUAGCGUUCCUAAAACUACGAAUAGAUGUUUUUCACGUCGCUUCGGAAAGCUAUUCAGUACCUAUAGAUCUCUGUGAUUACAUAUUGAGAAAAUUUUAAAAACUCGGUGUUUUGAAAAGUUCGUAAUUUGUUCCUUUGUUGAAAACACCACGUUGAUGUAUGCAGUGGUAACGCAUUUUAUCCUCAUUAAAUCUUCGCAAGUCCAACUGUCCAAGUAAAAGCAAGAGCAAUAAUGAGGAUCGUCAGUGUUUUGCACCAAAAAAAAGUUGAGUUCGUCAAUGAAUUCUUAGAUUCUUCAUUACUAUUCCUAGAUUCUUUAUUACUAUUCCUAGAUUCUUUAUUACUAUUCCUAGAUUCUUCAUUACUAUUCCUAGAUUCUUCAUUACUAUUCCUAGAUUCUUCAUUACUAUUCCUAGAUUCUUCAUUACUAUCUCGUGGACGACACGGUCGAGGUUCGUGAGGUUCACAGUGCUAACGAUGGAAGAGAUCCAUUCCCUGUUUUGAUUCAAAGACAGAAACUGGCUAAGGAUAGGAACGCGACUACAUGUAAGAUCAUUCAUGAAUACAUAAGUGUUAAUAUACAGUUAUCUGAUUAUUAUAGAGGUUCAGAUUUGAGUUUUAAGUCAGUUUUCCACUUCAGUAGUUGAAGUCAAAUCUGCACCCCUUAAUUAUAAUUAUGAAACCUUUACCUUUCCAGCCUCGUUUCCACGUGCCGUGUUGGAGCUGACAGAAAAAGAGAUCAGUGAUUGGUUCCGUCCCUCAGACUUGAUGGUGGGUCGUACGGUGACCAUGUUAGGACGCAGGUUUCUCUUGUAUGAUUGCGAUCAGUUCACAAGGGAAUAUUAUGCAGAAAAGUUUGGUGUGACUGAUUUCCCUCCUGUUGAUGUCGCGGACAGAAAGGGUGCAGCACCAGAACACGUAUGUAUCUUGAUAAAUGCCAAAACUCUGUUUUCAAAUGCCAAAACUCAGUUUUCAAAUGCCAGAACUCCUUUUUCAAAAGCCAGAACUCCCUUUUCAAAUGCCAAAACUGUUUUCAGAUGCCAGAACUCCUUUUUCGAAAGCCAGAACUCCGUUUUCAAAUGCCAAAACUCUGUUUUCAAAUGCCACUCGGAACUUUUUUCAAAAGCCAGGAUUCCUUUUUCAAAUGGCAGAACUUCGUUUUCGAAUGCCAGAACUUCGUUUUCAAAUCCCAAAGCUGACGUUUAUGUAAAUCAAGACAAAUCGUGAUUAAACAUUUAUAACUGAUUUCUUUUGAAUUUUCUUCAUGAAUUAUUAAUGAUAUUUUAAUGACAGAUACAUAAUUUCCUUUCAAUCGUUUAGGUAAUUCCUCCCUACAACGGCUUCGGAUCCCUGGAAGAUACGCUGCAGUCCUGUUUAUCCUUGAUCCCGCAACCGCCCAAGAAAGAUUUCAUUCGAAUGUUGGAGAACGAUAACAAAGUUUUACGUUAUUCUGCCGUCAUGGUACGUGCGGGUAGAUUUGCAGUAAUGAUAGAGCUAUCCAGUAUAAAUAAAGUUAGUUUAGUUUAGGUUUCCUCCUGUAGUAACACUGGACCAAUAAGAGAAGAUCCUUACUGGACCUCUGGGAAGAACAGUUUAGAACUGAUAGAGCUAUCCAGUAUAAAUAAAGUUAAUUUAGUUUAGGUUUCCUCCUGUAGUAACACUGAAACAAUAAGAGAUGAUCCUUACUGGACCUCUAGGGAGAACAGUUUAGAACUGAUAGAGCUAUCCAGUAUAAAUAAAGUUAGUUUAGUUUAGGUUUCCUUCUGUAGUAACACUGGACCAAAAAGAAAUGAUCCUUACUGGACCUCUAGCAAGAAUAGUUCAGAACUGAUAGAGCUAUCCAGUAUAUAAAUAAAGUUAGUUUAGUAUAGGUUUUCUCCUGUAGUAACACUGGAUCUGGGGAGGACUGUUUGGAACUGAUCGGUAGAGCUAACCCGUCUGUUGUAGGCCUGUGACGACUUGCGCUGUUUUAAAAGUGUAGCAGAACUGUUGUUCCCAGUUUCAUAAAUAGAUUGUGUAUAUCAUGAACAGACGGUAUAAAUCUUAUUUUUUCCUUACUCCCCAGGAGUCGGUACGACCGGAGGACAGGGAUCGCAAGUUCAUCAUAAGCUACCGGCUUUCCGAUGACAUGAUGACAAUAUACGAACCCCCGGUACGAAAUGCCGGUAUGCUGUGUGGCAAAUUCCUACAACGUACGCGGGUACAGAAACCCGGUACCCCCACCGACAACCCGGAAUUUUAUACCCCCGGAGAUUUUUGCAUAGGCGCCAGGAUUCAUAUAUUUAAACACCGGUUUAUAAUCACCGAUGCUGAUGAGUACGUGCUCAAAUAUUUGGAGGCUAACGCGGAUAAAUUUCCCAAAGAGACUAUUGAUUCGAUUCGUCAGAAAGUUGGGAGAUCUUCAGGUUUGGGGCAAGGAAAUUUGAACGGUGAUAGUGGAAGGAUGGAUAAACCGGAGGGAAUUAAAACGGAAUAUCAAAGAAGGUAAGCGCUGAAAUUAACACGCAAAAAUUUCACAUCUUUUAGGAAGCCGUCAAAAAGUUGUGUUCGCAUUGCUUUUCCCAAGUUGUCAACAAGUGUGGAACAACUCGUUGACGGUUGUAACAACCUUGUUGAUAUUAUCAGACUUGUUGCAAGGUUGUUACAACAAGUCCGAUACAGUCAUGAUAGAACAAUGUUGUUACAACCUUGUGCUGUCAACCUUGUAACAUUCUUGUUAUAUCAUGACUGUAUCAGACUUGUUAGAACAACCUUGUAACUAGUCUGAUAAUGCCAUCAAGCUUGUUACAAGUUGUGAACAGCUUGUUCCAAACUUGUUACAACAACUGGGAACAAGCAGUGCGCACACAAGUUGUCGACAGCUUGUGAACAGUUUGUAACAAAUUGUUUGCAGACCUGUAACAACUUGUGCGUUGUAGUUGUGACAACGAUAAGCAAAGGGUUAUUAUGAAGAUUUAAAAUAAUGCAUAAUGCAUUUCUUUCAUUUUUAGAUUUUAA